AUGUACACCAAGGUCGUAAUCUUCAUGUGCGCCGCGGGCAUCGCCUCCGCUGGCAACCUCCUCCACGCUGCACCAGUUGCGUACAGCUCGCCAGUCUCCUCCGUGUCCUACUCAUCACAAACCACUGCUCACGCUGCACCCGUCGCAUACGCUGCAGCACCCGUCGUUGCCAAGACAAUCUCUCCUGCAGUGUCCUACCAAACCAUCUCUACCCACUCUGCGCCCGCCGUUGCUACAUACUCCGCACCAGCCGUCGCUGCUUACUCCUCACCCUACGUAACUAGGACGAUCGGCGCCCCUGUCUCUUACUCGUCCGUGGCUCACCCCGCCGUGUCCUACUCAUCAGUCGGCCACGCUGGCCCAGUGGCGUACUCCAGCCCCGUCUACGCUAAGACCAUCGCCGCUCCCGUUGCCACUUACGCCGCUGCUGCUCCCGCUUACUCCACUUACGCCGCUGCACCCGUAUUGAAAUCCGCCAUCACUUACUCCGCCGCGCCCGCGGUCUCUCACGUCACUUACUCCGGUUUGGGAGUCAACUACGGAUGGUAA